AAUCGCCAUUCGCCACCAGCAACUGGAUCUCGAAUAAGAGAACGUAAAUUCCAAAAAAAAAGAACCCGCGCUCGCCGCCAAUCUCACCCCAAGCUCUCCCUGAGAUGAAAGCCUCCCCGCCUCGCCAGCAUGAAAUUUCGAAUCCGUGAUCUAGGAGGAGGAGGAGGGCGUAGUAGAAGAGCCGAAUGGGUAGUGCCAGAUCGAGGAUGGGAAUCAAUGGCGGAGUGGUCUUAGAAUCCCUUGGAGAGGAGAGAUAGGGAGGAAUGGUGGGAAAAUUUAGGGAUUGGGUUUUCAUCACUUUGGAGAAAUAGAUGCAGACAUUGCAAAGCUUGCUUCAGAGAUUGGAACACUGAUCGAGCAGAUAUAUCAUAUUAAAUAUAGAAAACUAUUCUAAAACCAUCACAGAAAGCGGCACAAAUCUUUUCCGUUUCCACAGCAAACUGGAAAAUUGAGUGUAGACAAGGCUAUUAUCAAUGGCAAACCAGGUCGACAAGGCCGAGAUUUUCAAUCUGAGCAACGGGAAGAUCACAGUCAAAAUCAGCAAUUGGGGCGCCACUAUCACUUCUCUUUUGGUUCCCGACGCCCAUGGAAGUUUUGCCGAUGUGGUUCUUGGUUUUGAUUCUAUCGAACCCUACAUAAACGGUGCAGCUCCUUACUUUGGUUGCAUUGUUGGCCGAGUUGCAAACCGGAUCAAAAAUGGGAAGUUCACUCUCAAUGGUGUGGAGUAUUCCUUGCCCAUCAAUAAGCCCCCGAACAGCCUUCAUGGAGGAACCAAGGGCUUUGACAAAGUGUUGUGGGACGUUGCUGAAUACAAGAAUGGUGAAAUCCCAUCUAUCACCUUCAAGUACCACAGUAAAGAUGGAGAGGAAGGUUAUCCUGGUGAUGUUAGUGUGAUUGCAACCUACUCUAUUCCUUCUAGCACCACAUUGAAACUCGAAAUGGAAGCUGUACCUGAGAAUAAACCUACGCCAAUCAGCUUGGCUCAGCACACCUACUGGAACUUGGCUGGUCACAACUCUGGCAACAUCCUCGAGCAUUCUAUUCAGAUAUGGGGAUCUCAAGUUACUCCUGUAGAUCAGUACACUGUUCCAACAGGGGAGUUUAUACCUGUUAAGGGAACCUCUUUUGAUUUCACAAUUGAGAACAAGAUAGGCAGCAGGAUUGACCAAGUCCCUGGUGGAUAUGAUCAUAAUUAUGUUCUGGACCUUGGAGAAGAGGUGUCAGGCUUGAAACCAGCGGCCAGUUUGAGGGAUCCUUUGAGCUCAAGGGUCUUGAAAAUCUGGACUGAUGCACCAGGAAUGCAGUUUUACACCGGGAACUAUGUCAAUGGUGUAGUGGGCAAGGGUGGUGCAGUCUAUAAUAAGCAUGCAGGAGUCUGUUUGGAGACUCAAGGAUUUCCCAAUGCUAUCAAUCAGCCAAAUUUCCCGUUUGUUGUUGUUCAUCCUGGUGAGAAGUACAGGCACACUAUGGUGUUUGAGUUUUCAGUAGAGUAAGGAUCUAUGUUAAUAAUCUCUCAGCCUGUGCAAAACUUAAACCCUUGUUGGUGUUGGUGAUGAAUGAAUAAAGAUAACCAAGUGUUGGCUUUGAGCUGAA